GCGAAAAGGAAAAGAAAAGAAAAACGGGCGGGAUGGGGGAGAAGGUUUUACGAGUGCCCUGCCGUCCGGACGGCCUUUCUUCUUUCUUGCGUGCCCGGAGAGCCCGCCUGGGUUCACCGUUGCCUGAGCCAUCCUCUGCCAGACUCCGACGAGAGGAGCUAUGGAAGAAGAGAUCAAAUCAGAGUUUGCUCACAAUGGUUUCUCCCUUGAUGCUAAAGAAGAAGAGGAGAUCCUCAAGAAAUGUGUGACAUUUUGCAUAAAUUACAAGAUGAGUGCUUCAGAACUCGUUUCUUGCUGGGAGGUUUACUACCUAAACAUGCAAAUUGCAGAAGGCGUGGUGCAAGAUAGCUAUAUGAAUGGUUUUCUACUUUUUAUACAAAAUGAGCAGAAAGAGAGCAUCCGUGAGGAGGAGCCUUAUCUACACACUUAUUACAGUAAUGAUGUUGAUAUGUUGCUAAAUGAUGAACAUAAAGAUAGCAUUGAAGAGGUUGAUGGUGCCAGGAUAAGUGGCACAUAUCCUGAUGAGUCAUAUGAUUUUUCAUCUCCUUCAAGAGUGGCCACUCCAGGAACCAAUGGAAAACUUUCUUCUGGAAAGCCUUCUGCAACCAAAGUGCAUCAUAUGACCCCUUUUGGGCAAAGGACCAAUAAGUUUGUUUUGCAGUUUGAAUUCAAUCCUCCAAAAGUCGAGAAUGGUAGAAAAGAAGGGGAAAUUGAUGAUUCAGAAGAUGAUGUCAUUAGAAGAGUUAAGCCUAUAAAAAGGUGUUCAUUGCAUGUCCGAGAAUUGGGGCCAAAGCCAGGUUGCAGAUUCAUGUAUGAUAGGAUUAAGGAUCGGUUUGAAUCUCUUGAAGGCCGGAUCAGGAGGCUAGCAACAGCUCUUCUAGCUUCUGGAAGUUUUGAUGAAAUAGUUGAUGCAACCUCUGCCUCACAGAAUAACUUGUUUAGUGUUGGAAUGGUCUGCUGCGAUGGUGAUGGUCGUCUAAAUGAGAAAUCAAUCAUAUUACAGUGCAGUGUCGAACAUUCUGGAGGGCGCCGCGUUCGUCUUGACCUCCAGAAAUUAGUUCAGUAUUCAGUAUUUCCUGGUCAGGUAGUUGGAGUUACAGGACACAACCCGAGUGGUCACUGUUUUGUUGUAUCAAAGCUUGUUGACUCUUUCCCCCUACUUGGUCCUCCUCAUGUAAAUUAUCCACCUGCAAAAAGGCCUGCCAUUGACCCAGAGCCGGAUUUGAUGACCGACUCUGCUGCACCAAGAGAACUAUCACUGAUUAUUGCAGCAGGCCCUUUUUGUACUUCUGAUAAUUUGUUUUAUGAGCCAUUUGUGGAGCUCCUUAGUUAUGCAAGAAGAAAUCAGUCUCAUUUGCUAUUGUUGGGCCCAUUCGUUGACUCAGAGCAUCCACAAAUAAAAAAAGGGACUGUUGAUAAAACCUUUGAUGAAAUUUUUGAUGCGGAGAUACUUGAAAGGCUGCAAGAUUACUGUGAGGAUAUGGGUUCUUCUGCUCGUGUUAUUCUCCUUCCAUCUACACGCGAUGCCAACCAUGACUUUGUGUUUCCUCAGCCUCCAUUCGACAUCAGCACAUCCAAGAACCACAAUCACCAGGUCUCGUGUCUUUCAAACCCAGGGAUUUUCAGUGCAAAUGAGGUCACAGUCGGAUGCUGCACAAUGGAUGUCCUAAAGCAACUUAGCAGUGAGGAAAUAUCUAGGUUGCCUACAGAUGGAACACAAAGUGAUCGUCUUGGUCGGCUAGCUACUCACAUAUUAAACCAGCGGAGCUUCUAUCCUCUCUACCCGCCAUCAGUUGGGGUGCCUUUGGAUCUUUCUCUUACGCCUGAAGCUUUACAAAUCCAAUCAAUUCCAGACAUCCUAAUUCUUCCCUCAGAUCUUGCUCCUUUUGUCAAGGUUCUGUCCUUCGGGCCAGAAGAAAGCAUGAUGCAAUGCAUGUGUUUGAACCCGGGUAGAUUGGCAAAGGGGAUCAAUGGCGGUACCUUUCUGACAGUUAAUUAUAAUGGUGAUCCCGGCAAGAGUACUGCUUCCAUCAUGCGGAUCUAGGAGUGACGCUUACUUCCGCAAGCAUCUAAGCAAGGUUUACUAGGCUAUCUCAACAAGGUCAGUUGAACAGGAUAUCAGAAGAAGUCUUGCCUUCUUCGAUGGAGAGUGCUUAACUAAGGGCACUUCCAGGAUAUGUAAUCAUUCAAAUCCUUGGUUCCAAAUUCCCAAUAAGCUGAAUCAUCAGUUAGGGCAGGAGGUUCUGCCAUGUUUAGAUAAGAUUACGACAUAGUCCUGGUGGUCGGUGAGGUUGCAUAGCUCAAUGUAUUUUUUUUUUCGAUAAGCUUUUUAAUGUAUAAAUAACAUGAUUUAGUUGGAUUAGCAACUGAUCCAUCAG